CCAAGCAGCUUUUCUUUCCCCAGCAGCCUGGAGUCCUGUCUUUGAUCAGUUCACCCGGGGGGGGAAUAAAAAAUAAAAAAACUUCCUAGAGAAGGCAGCAAAGUAGCAUCAGAGAGUUGCAGGGGCGUGGCGGUGUUUUGGGCACCCCAUGCAGGCAGGAGAGCUUCCAUGCAUCUAUGUGUGUGGGAAGAGGAAAGGUACAAGGUUUCAGCACAGUAGCAGUAGAAUCUGGAUUAGUUGCAUUUACAUUAGCACUAAGAGGAGUGGGGAGGGAGAGCAGCGCUGUGCUGACAACAAGAGGAAGGUGAGAAAAGUCGUUCCUUGCCCUGAAGCAGCGUCAGAGUGAAAUCUGCAAAGAAACUUUUCCACACACGCACCCAUAUCAGAAGCAGGUUGGGGUUGUUGUUGUUGGUUACCCCCCUCCACUCGUGUUCAGCGGAAUCGACUUCCCUAAGAAUUUGUAGAGUCAGGAACGGGAGCGAAAUACGCGACAGUCAGACUGCAGCAGAAAGUGAACCGGGAUUGCAGCUGGCGCUGCUUGCUGGAGAGAGACCGGCCCGCACGAUCCGCUCCCUGCCUCGGUGAAUGUACUAAAAACACUGAGGGGCACUGCGGAAAGGGUUUUGUCUGGGCCAGAUGGAGCCCCGACUCGAGCAGGUGGAUCCCUUGGCUACGAAAGGAGACGAUGUAAACACAGAAGUCACCAGACCUGAAAUCUGCCAAGCCCCUCUGGGGCUAGAGGGGGACACUGCUGGCAUGGGGGAUGGAGCCCAGGCUGCAGCAGGGCAAGGCAGCAUUCUGAAUGGGCAGGAGCCAGCAAGCCCAAAGGGGACUGGGGUAACGCACAGUGAGGAGGCUCCUUCUGGGCAGGGCAGCUCGAGCUGCCAGCAGGCCUCAGACCAGGAGCAUGAGGACACCCCAAGGAAGGAUCCAUCCCCGAGAGCAGGGCCCAGUGACGAAGCCAGGCAGCUGGAGCGUGGGGAGCCAGAAGGAAGAGCGGACCCCAAAGAGAAGCAGCCUCCUCUGAGCAGGAGCAUCCAAACGGGAGGAGUCGCCUCCCCACAGGACGACCCCAUCUCCAGCCUCAGCCCAGGUGCCGCAGAGCCCGAGCCUGACUUCUAUUGCGUGAAGUGGAUCAGCUGGAAAGGGGAGAGGACACCCAUCAUCACCCAGUGUGAGAAUGGGCCCUGCCCACUCCUGGCCAUCAUGAACAUCCUGUUCCUGCAGUGGAAGGUGAAGCUCUCCCCCAAGAAGGAAGUGAUCACAUCGGAUGAGUUGAUGGCGCAUCUCGGCGACUGCAUCUUGUCCAUCAAACCCCAAGAGAAUUCAGAAGGGCUGCAGCUCAACUUCCAGCAGAACGUCAAUGAUGCAAUGAUGGUCCUGCCCAAACUGUCCACGGGGCUUGACGUGAACGUGAGGUUCACGGGUGUCUCUGACUUCGAGUACACCCCAGAGUGCAUUGUCUUUGAUCUCCUGAACGUCCCACUGUACCACGGCUGGUUAGUGGACCCACAGAGCCCGGAUGCUGCCCAGGCCGUGGGCAAGCUGAGCUACAACCAGCUGGUGGAGAAGAUCAUCACCUGCAAGCACUCGAGCGACCCCAACCUGGUCACUGAAGGCCUGAUCGCCGAGCAGUUCCUGGAGUCCACGGCCACCCAGCUGACCUACCACGGGCUGUGCGAGCUCACGGCCGCGGUCAAAGAGGGGGAGCUGAGCGUUUUCUUCAGAAACAACCACUUCAGCACCAUGAUCAAGCACCAGGGCCACCUGUAUCUGCUGGUCACGGACCAGGGUUUCCUGCAGGAGGAGAAGGUGACCUGGGAGAGCCUGCACAACGUGGAUGGGGACAGCUGCUUCUGUGACGCCGAGUUCCACCUGAGCCACACCCUGGGGAAGGAGGCGGCCGGCAGCUCCCCCCAGGAGCAGAGGCAGGUGGACCAGGACUACAUGAUAGCCCUGUCCUUGCAACAACAGCAGCAGGGCCCCUCUGCCCUGAGCGACCUAGAGCUUGCGCGCCAGCUGCAGCAGGAGGAAUAUCAGCGGCAGCAGCAGCCAGCGACGCCUCCUGCGCAGGGGAGAGCUCAGCCGUCCGUCCGGCCAGCCGGGGAACGCAGGCAGAGACACAAGCAGGAGUCGGACUGCGUCCUCCUCUAGAGCCACUCGCCCCCUGCCUGCUGCUUUCGGACCCCUCGCCCUCCCACGGUCCUGCCAUGUCACCAUAAAGACUCCCAGACGACAGUCCCUGCGGGGCUCGCCUCGCCUCCGGUUCCCCCGCCCGCCGCCCUCCCCAGCACAGGACCUGCUUCCCUAAGAACUCAGUCCUGGCUCCCGCACUGUGGGGGUGAAACCUCGGGCCAUGCUGCUGGCUUUUCCCUGGCCUGUGUAUUGCAGCGCAUGAGGGCUGGCACAGACCUUCCAGGGCAGAGUCCAGCUGGGCUGUGCAUCGGCUGCAGUUUCUCCUCAUCCCUGACGCCCUCAGCUGUACCUUGUACUUCUGAGCUCUCACCAAAGAUGCCGAGUGUUCUCCUCUGCCAGCUCACACCCUCUGGCUCCCUCUGAGCUUCUUCCCUGCAGAGCUCUGUGGUAGAGGCAGAGAGUUCAGUGAUCAGAGCCUGGACUCCUGGGUUCCAUUCCCAACUCUGGGAGUGGAGUCGGGUCUAGUGGUUAGAGCAGGUUGGGGCUG